CAGCUGCUUCGUCAUGAUUGAGUGUAUGGGCUGGUAGCUGCUCCGUAGUACAGAAAGCAAUCAAGAAAGCCGAAAGAACGUUGUACAAAUACAAGUCUUCAAUAUGUCUUACAAAUGUUUAGUGGAUGAAAACUCUUACAUUAUGGGGAUGCUAGCACCUUCGAUGCUAAUCAUCGUUGUCUUGAGUUUUAUGAAGAAAAGAGUGCGAUUAAAACCUAACUUGCUGAAUGGUCGACCUGGAUUACUCAGCCCAGUUAGUUUCCUGGGAAAAGAGAGGAACAGGCUGAUUAUUGUACUUGCUUUUGGUGCAACCGCAUCUUCAUGUUACGAAAUGUUUACUUAUGAAGCCGUUGCUAUCAAAAAUGUACCAAAUACACCGUACGGAAAAGCUUUUAAUGGGAUUUUCCUGUCACUGCUAUAUGGAAUCAUCAACUAUCCAUAUUUGGCCUGUCUUAACGCCGAGUACAGAUUGAUUGGUUACGCUAUUGGUCUUCUUUACACCUUCAUUAGAUGCACCGUUGAUUUGGUCGUGAUUUUUGGCUGCACAUCAGACUCAAAAGAAAUUGAUGAUUUCUUAACGUCAUAUAAGCUCCUCGUUCAUUUGCCAUCAGUGAUUUGUACAAUCCUUCUUUUUGCGAGCUACGCGAUUUUCCUGUUCCAAGAAAUACGGAAGAUCUAUGCAAAUAAUGCUCAUCCAACAUGUCAGGAAAUCUUUCUGAUCGGUGGGGAAAGAGAUGAGCCUGUGGCAGAGGACAUCGACCGCAAUCAUGUCUCGCUGUUACUGGCAAACAAGCUUUACAGUAAAAGAGUCCUUGUCGAACACGAACCUUGGUAUAUCACUGUCAGACGAAAGAUAUAUGAAACCCGUCCAGAUUUCAAGUUUUCUACGCAAUUUAUGUCUGCGGUGUUUGUGUCGCUUAUCUUCAUUUAUCAGAUAGCUGCUACGUUAAUGCAUGUAUUGGCAUUCUACAAGAAAAUACUAGGCAUGAUUACUGGGAACCCAAUUGUUCAACGAAUGUUAAAGACCUUCUUCGGUCGGAUGUGUUGAAAACAUAUCGCACAAGAUCGGGUCAACUGCCAGAUGAACAUAUGAAUCCUAAAGUGAUCGUGGGCAAGAGUCUUCGAUUUUGUGGAUAUCAAAUUGCAUUUACAGGAGUUGGUAUGAUUUUUGUAACAAUAUCUGUGUUAUUCCCACUUUUGUUCAUUUUGGCAUUGAAGUAUGCAGAUGAAAUCGUGGGGAUAUCAGCAGUGACCAUACUUAAAGAAAUCGUUCUGUUUAUUUUGCCUGCAGUAAUCGUACCUUUCCUAAUAUGGCUUGCAUUACUGCUAUUGUGUACGUUUGUAUUUCGUGACAGAACCUACCCAGAUCUGACAGUUACUAUUGACAACAGGCGUUUGUUUGACAUUAUGUCAUAUUUCUUCUUCUUCUUGAAUAUCUUGGUDGGGAUAUGGUCUGGACUUUCUCGUGUUGCAAAAGGUGCAGCUUUGGGCUUGGUAUUCCUGUGUCGACUUGACAGGACGUCUAUGAUGACAGGCUAUAGGAAAUGGGACAGAGGUUACAUGGCUUACAUUGGCUUUCUUAAUGUCCUUGUUGCAUUCAGACAUCCCGUCAUGCUUUGCUUCUGCCAGGUUUUGAUUGACGAGCGGAAAAAACUGUAUUCAGGUUUGAUCACAAGCGACAGACCCCGCAGAUCAACAAGAGCACUCAAUCGGUGGUUCUUAGCAGUUUUGCUGACCCGAAACCCAAGUCUUCUGAGAUACAGAAAAAGAGAUGUGUUUGGAUCCAGGGAUACAUAUUCCUCAGCUACAGCUGCAGACAUGUCGGCAGUUGUUUUAGAAGAAUGGGAAAUGCCCAGUGAAAAGUUAAAGAGCACUCAGUUUUACUGACACUGAUAGAGUGAUAUAAGUUCAUAUGAUAGAUUCCUUGAUAUUUGAUACCUUGAUAGCUUCAAGCAAAAUAAUGUUCUAUAGAUUAACAAGGAUUUCAUUAGAUGUUAUUUGAUGUGUUGUCCACCAGACAAAAUCUAAGGAGCAGAGAACUUAACCAUUGUUAUUCAUUAACCCAAACCCUAACUGGUCCCAAAUGUUUAAACUAUUGCCUAUUCCGAAAUUCACAAAAGGACUGGUGACUAGGCACAAACUCAAAAUCUUUUGAAGCAAUCAAAAAACUGCAGACAUGAGGACAAGAAAGAGCAUACUAAAAUUAGUAAAGCUGCUGAGUUUGAGAGUAUAAUAAUUACAGAGUUUCAAUUUAAAACUCGGAAAAAUUACAAAUGUAUGGAGCUCUUGAGCAGCGUCCCCAAAAACCAUACAUUCUCUCUUAUUGACCUUACUUUUACAAAUUUGAAAGAAUUCCUACUCGGUGAGUAUUUAACCAAAUAUGCUCAAACUUGACAAGAACACUUAUUUUAGUGCAGUCUUUCAUGUGGUGAGGUUCAGUUUUCGAAGAAUGUAAUAUUUUCACACUUAACCCCAGUCUCCUUUCGAAUUUCGGAAUGGCCAAUUGAAUCAGCAAACUGCACUUGUGCCUACUUCCUAGUCAUUCUUGUAUGCAGUUCCUUCUUGGAAUCCUAGUUUGCCUACUAGCCAUCAGGGUUUUUUUAAGCACAGAUGCAGCUCACGCUAGCUUACCCCUAGUUUUCAUCAUUUAUAGUUGUAACAAUUAAGUUCCUGAGGAUAAACAUACAUAUAAAAGCUUGUGUGUCAAAAUAAAAACAAACAAAAAUGUCAAUGAA